AUGAGCCGAACAAGAGAUGCCGAGGAUUUGGCCAAGUUUCUGCGGAAGAACGUGCUGACAGAGAACAAGAACACGCCGAGGCGGCAGAGCAACGAACUCAGCUUACUUCACUCAACGAACACAUCCCUGCCUCUCGACUUCGCGCCAACUGAGCAUCGCCUUCGGCACCCCCUACUACACUCCCUUGCCGACCGACGCUGUUUCGAGAGCACAUCGUUCCUGUCCGGCCGAAGAAGCAGGAUCGCGAAGCGCAAGACCACUGACGAGAAGGCCGUCGAGGGCCCCGUCAAAACAAUCAUGGAUGAGCUCAAGAAGGCAAAAGAAGUCCAAAGCGCGUUCGAUUCAGUCAACGGACUCGUCUUCGAGAACCACCUGCAUGCGCUCAGCGACGCAGCGGCGGACAUCGUCGAACACAACCUCCCAUCGACACCUCCCUCCACAACGCACAAUAGCAAGUCGAUCUCCAACAGUUACGGGCCUAUCACGCGGAGAGGCUCACCGCAGUCGCCAUCACACGCAGACCUGUUACUAAUGACCGAAGGCUUGCUCGAGCACGGUCUAUUGACGACGGUUGAGGCGAUCGUGUUCGUGAGGCUUGACUGGCGCGAGUCCGAGACGCUUUCCUUUCAUUUGGCGGAGCCUUCUCCGGAGGUGGAAGCCCACUUCAAGCAUGCCGACCUCCGUACGGCAGUUGCUCCAUACUUGACCUUUAGUUUGAUUGCUCUCGGCGUAGCAGGUGAGAGGUAUGAAUGCCGCCAUCCCCCAUAG